AAGAUGAAAGAUGAAGGACAAAGUAGUAAAUGGAUGAUGAAUAAACCUUAUCAGUAUGCUCUUUCUUCUCUGUUGCCCAUAAAUAUCAAACUCCUCACCCACCAAAAGUCUCCAAUUCCUCCAUAAACCCUACUUCAUCUCCUUUCUCAAAAAACCUUAUCUGUUACAAUGUCUACCUCUGCAACUUCUCUUGCACUCCCAACUCUCACUCUCAGAACACAUCACCCUCUCUCUUCUCCCAAAUCCUUCUCUUCUUCUCUUUCCCUCACCCCUAACGCCAAACCCAUCUCCAUUUCUACCGUUUUCCUCAAACCCACUUUCUCCCUCUCCUCCCGCUUCCUUCCCCGCGUCGCCGUCUCCUCCGACUACGACCAGCAAGAGGACACCUUCACCUCCGCCCAGAGCUUCUCUCCCGACCUUAAGGUCUUUGUCGGCAACCUUCCGUUCAGUGUCGACAGUGCGCAGCUCGCAGACCUCUUCGAAAGCGUUGGGAUUGUGGAGGUCGUCGAGGUGAUUUAUGAUAAGACGACUGGGAGAAGCAGGGGCUUUGGGUUUGUCACAAUGUCUUCGGUUGAGGAGGUUGAAGCGGCUGUUCAGCAGUUCAAUGGAUAUGAACUGGAUGGAAGGGCCCUUAGAGUGAAUGCUGGGCCACCCCCUGCUCGGAAUGAGAGUUCAUCUCGUGUUAGAAGUUCUAACAGAGUUGGUGGUGGUGGUGGUGGUGGUGGUUUUUCAGAUAGUAAAAACAAAGUCCAUGUGGGUAAUCUUGCUUGGGGUGUUGACCAUGUAGCAUUGGAGUCAUUGUUUCGGGAACAAGGAAAUGUCGUGGAAGCAAGGGUAGUCUAUGACAGGGAUAGUGGACGAUCAAGAGGCUUUGGAUUUGUGACUUACAGUAGUGCCGAUGAAGUCAGCAGUGCAAUUGAGUCCUUGGAUGGUGUGGACUUGAAUGGCAGACCUAUACGAGUCUCAUUAGCAGACUCGAAGCCCAGGAUGUCUUGAAGAUUUUAACAUUCAUUCAUAUCUAAAAGAGGAUUUUGGUAGUUGGGAGUUUUUACGGAUUCAAGAAGUAGACACUGGCCAACUGUUUGUGGGGAUGAAAAAUACACCUACAUAUUGAGACUACGUCUAAACACUGGUAAUAUCUGACCAGUUUCUUUCUCGAGGAAUGCUCACCCCUGCCUCUUGUACGAAUGGAAGUUGAAUGUUACAAAUUUGAUUGUUCAUUUCAAACUGAUUUGUAUCACCAUUUUUACUAUAGAAGUAGAUGUCUUAAUUAUUAUUGCUUA